AUGGCUGCCAGAGACAAGUUCCUCCUUUUGCACCCCUUGAACCUACUGCCAUCAAAGUUCAUCCCUUCAUUACUUGGGAGGAUAUGCGUCAAUGCCAAUCAGCCUUUGGCCGGCUUCCUACCAGAUGAUCCGUCAGAAUACUACAGUUCGGCCUCUCCCUUCUCUACAGAAGCCAAAUCUACGUCACAUCUUCUUGGUCAAAAUACCACCACCACCGCACGGAUUCUCAUCGAUAGUAUCUUGACCGUCGGGAGAGAGAACGCCAAUCAUCCUCAAGCCAACUGGCGUGGAGAAAAGUCUCGCGUUUUCAAUCUUCCACAGGAGGACAAAGUUUUGCACAACAUUUUGAAUCAGCCGCAGCUGAAGAAAGAGACCGAGGAUCUCUUGGACAGAUACGGGCAACUGUAUAUGAUCACAGGCUUCAUGACCGUGGUCAACGCAUCGUGCCAGAUUGACCAGACCAACACUGCUGGUGUCAACUUCGAGCUACCCAUAUCAACUGCCCUUGAAGCAGCAAUUGUCGCCGCUGCAGGUGUGCCAAUCUCCUUGCCGACUAUAUCUGCUGAGUGGCAGAGGAGGGUUGAUAGUUCAGUUCAAUGGGCCGCCACCUAUGCAGGUGAGACUAUCAUUGCCAUCAGGUGCCGGAGGCUGCGGCGUAAAGGUUGGAUUCUUUCAAGGCUACUCGAUGGUGAAAUAAUUAUGACGAAGUCGAACAUUCGGGGAACCAUGAUGUUUGGGCAUGACGAUGAGGACCACAACAAGGAGGAAGUCGAAAAGUGGGAGGACUACAUGUCGAAUGGGUUGGACGCGGGUGAAGAGGAAGACAUCGUCUUAUCUCCAAGCUUUGACCCUGAGAUUCGGGAGGCUGACGGCAACACCAUCACGUCUUUGGGUUUCCAUUGA